AUGAUUAAAAAGGAUAGCAAAGAGUGGGAAAAUUUCGUAAGUUAGAUCGAAUACAUAAAAACCAAAUCUAAUCGUUAAGUACUUUGUGCAAAGUGCUGGCUUAUGUUAAACUAUGAGUAAAAAAUAAAGCAUCUCAAGGAAAAUCCAGAUCAUGAGAAUUCAAUUUUGACCUCUGCUAAAUUCGCCACAGCUCAGUAAAUGAUAUCCCUGGCACAGGCUUGUAAUAAACUUGUAUAUAAGAAUGACGGAUAAUAUAUAAUUUCUCCUUUUAUCGGGGUAACACGACAUAUUCUCGAGAGUUAAGAUUCACCAGAUACCAUGCCUAACAAUUCUAGCUCCUCAGCACCAUUACAAGGUAGCUCAAGGUCUAAUGACUCACAAAAUGGAAACUCAGAGAACGAUGACAAUUAAAUAAAAUUACUUUCAAAUCGACUGAAUGCGAUCGAAAGUACGGUUGAAAACAUUCAAAAGAGUCUUAAUGUCUUCGCUUAGUGUUUGCAAAAUACGCAUGUCCUCUAACAGCGAAUUCUGGACUAAAUGAAACUUCAGAGUACAUAAGGGGUCCCUUAGUCUCCUUCACUCAACCAUACUGAUUAAUCUUUCUAAAAUUUUCUAUCGCAAAAUCAGAAUCAACUAAAUACAACGUUCGCCAAACCAAAGCAAACAAAUGGGGCAACAUAAAAUAAUGGGAGUCCGAAAUCAACUAAUCCUAUCAAUGAUAAUGAUAAAAACUAGUAAAAUUAUUUCAUUCUUUCACUUUAAGACUUGGGUCAGGAUAUGAUACGAGGUCAAAACUCUUAGUACAUAUAUAAACAAACAACCAAGCAUCACUAUGAGAGCAGUGAUUCUCUUAAAAGUGAAGGAAAGUUCAAUCCUUUUAAAUAAAAGAAUAACAUGACAUUCCAGCCUGAAAGUGACUCGAAGAAUGAUUAAUAAGAAGAAUCAGUAGUAUAAUAAAUGAGUGGAGACCAAUUUUUCGAUAGAUUAAGCUAAAAUAUGCAAUUUUUAUUGGGAAAGAGACUCAAUCGCUCUUUUGACAAGGAAUCAUCAGAAGAAGAUAAAGAUAAAGAAAGUAUAAUGUCUUAGGCAUCAAAGAAAAAUAAAUUAUGA